AUGUUCGCCUUACGUCCUUUUUAAUUUGCAGAUCUACACGUGUUUACGUGUGGACUCUGCAAGACUUUAUUUUAAACAAAAAUAGGAAUAAAAUAGAUCAAAAUGAGUUUAUAUAACUUUAAAAAGAUUGCUGUAGUUCCUACAGCCAAGGACUUUAUUGAUAUAAUACUUUCAAAAACACAACGUAAAACGCCAACAGUUGUUCAUAAACAUUAUAAAAUAACACGUAUACGUGCAUUUUAUAUAAGAAAAGUAAAGUUCACACAACAAAAUUUUCAUGAUCGACUAUCAAGGAUUAUUCAGGAAUUUCCAAAACUUGAUGAUGUUCACCCAUUUUAUGCUGAUCUAAUGAAUGUUCUCUAUGACAAAGAUCAUUACAAACUUGGCUUGGGUCAGCUCAACACUGCACGACAUCUUAUUGAUAAUGUUGCAAAAGAUUAUGUGAGGUUGCUCAAAUAUGGAGACUCCCUGUACCGUUGCAAACAGCUCAAAAGAGCGGCCUUGGGUCGGAUGGCAACUAUCAUGAAAAGACAGGGUGCCAAUCUUACAUACUUAGAACAGGUCCGACAACACUUGGCGAGGUUGCCUUCAAUAGACCCAUAUACAAGAACAAUUAUCAUUUGUGGCUUCCCCAAUGUUGGCAAAUCCAGUUUUAUUAACAAGAUCACAAGAGCAGAUGUAGAAGUACAACCGUACGCAUUCACCACAAAGAGCUUGUAUGUGGGGCACACCGACUACAAAUAUCUGAGAUGGCAGGUGAUAGACACACCUGGAAUCCUGGAUCACCCGCUGGAGGAACGCAAUGUGAUAGAGAUGCAGGCUGUGACUGCGCUUGCUCAUCUGCGCGCAGCAGUGCUCUACUUCAUAGACCCCUCCGAGCAAUGUGGACAUAACAUAGAGGAACAGAUAUCACUGUUUGAAAGUAUAAAGCCAUUGUUCAGUAACAAGCCGCUGAUUGUGGUGUUGAACAAGAUGGACGUGGUGAAGCCGGAGGAGUUGCCAGAGGGCAAGAGGCAGCUCAUCCAACAGCUGGAGGAGGUGUGCGCUAAAGGCAACUUGGUCAACGUGGACUCAAACUCUGAGCUGCGCACUGUGCCGGUGAUGCGCAUGUCCACCAUGACGGAGGAGGGUGUGCAGGAGGUGAAGAUCGAGGCCUGCGAGCGUCUGCUCUCACACAGAGUCACCGAGAAGAUGAGGACCAAGAAGGUGGACGGUAUCCUGAACCGUCUGCACGUGGCGGUGCCAGCAGCACGCGACGGCAAAGCGCGGCCGCCGGUCAUCCCGCCAGCAGCAGCAGCUCGUCUGCAGCAGCGCGCCAACAAGGAGAACAGGAAGCGCAAGCUCGAGAGAGAGAUUGAACUUGAACAGGGAGAUGACUACAUCCUCGAUCUGCAGAAGAACUAUUCAGAGAUCCCGGAGGAGGAGCGCCAUGACCCCAUCCCCGAGUUCUGGGAGGGACACAACAUCGCAGACUACAUCGACCCAGAAAUAUUCGACAAACUUGCUGAGCUGGAGAAGGAGGAGGAGGUGCGUGAGGCUGGUGGAAUGUACGCAGUGCCCAAGAUAGAGCUGGACGAGACCAUGCGAGAGAUCAGACAGCUCGCCACACAGAUACGCAACAAGAAGGCGAUCCUGAAGGACGAGUCUCGUCUCACGAAGCAGUCGACGAAGCCGGUGAUGCCGCGCACGAGUCGAGCUCGAGCAAGAGAUCGCUCCACCACCAAGCUCCGGGACGAGAUGGAGAAACUGGGUGUGGACAUGUCAGAGACACGAGAGGCGCACUUCACACGCACUGUGUCGCGAUCUCGUUCACGUUCACUUUCAGCUCCGGCGGCGAAACGCGCGCGCACAGACCGCACAGUGUCCCGACCACCUAGAGAUACACAGGGUGUUAAAGAUGUCGCCAUGCAAAAGAGAGCAAAGAAGAUGGCGCACGUGGCUAUCGCCAAGAAGACGAAGAAGAUGGGUCUGAAGGGGGAGGCGGAUCGCUUCAUCGGCACCAAGAUGCCCAAACAUCUGUUCGCAGGCAAACGUGGCGUUGGCAAAACCGACAGACGAUAAACUAUGUCUCUUGUUACAUUACUUAUGUAUUCCGUUUAUAUUUCAUUAAAGUUAUUAAAAACACAAAAAGGAGGUUUCUU